GACGCCCCUCCGCUUCCGCCGGCUGCGACGAGGCGGCGGCGCGUGCGUGGUCUAGGGGCCGUGGCCGCGGGCGCUAUGGUCUUCCUCACGGUGCCGCUCUGGCUGCGGAGCCGCCUCACCGACCGCUACUGGCGGGUCCAGGAGGUGCUGAGGCACGCGCGACACUUCCGGGGGAGGAAGAAUCGGUGCUACCGGCUGGCCGUGCGGGCUGUGACGAGAGCGUUUGUGAAAUGCACGCGAGCCCGCAGGCUGAAGAGGAGGAGCAUGAGGACGCUCUGGAUCCGUCGGAUCACAGCUGCCUCCCAGGAGCACGGUCUCAAGUACCCGGUCUUCGUCGGCAACUUAAUUAAGUGCCAAGUGGAGCUCAACAGGAAAGUGCUUGCAGAUCUAGCCAUCUACGAACCAAAGACUUUUAAAUCUUUGGCUGCUUUGGCCAAAAGGAGGCGACAGGAAGGAUUUGCUGCUGCCUUGGGGGACGGGAAGGAGCCUGAAGGCAUAUUUUCCAGAAUGGUGCAGUACCACUGAGGGGGACGCUGACGCCGCCUGCCCUCUGCAGCUGAGUGUCUUAGAAAAAGGCUUUUUCCCGAUGAUUAUAACAACAUAAGGGUGAAAAGUUAUUUGUCGACAGUGUGUAAGUUUGAUUUGCAGUUGUGUUAAUUUAUAUUUCAGUAGCCGGUGUGAGAGAAAAGACCCUGUCCUCUUUCAGUGGGACAGACUGGGGAACACCUCCCUAGAUUGUGCAAAUAAAGCUUGUGUGCUUCUCACCGUU